GAUCUAUGGAAGAACCACGAGGUUUAUCCAGGAAUUCGAGCAAAAGAUUUCAAGCGAGUGAAUUCGUGUGUUGUAUUUCAUAUACUCGUCUGAACUCUACCGACUCCGGCGAGCCGGAGAUUGAAGCGUCGAGCCGGAGACAGAAGCUCGUCUGCUUUAUUGUUGAUUUGUGAACCAGGUCAAUGUUGUAUACCGUAUCAAUCUCUAAACCUUGCAUAGCUUAUCCAAAAAGCACUUCGCAAUCCCAAAAUCCUUCAAAUUUGAAAAGGAUUGGGCUUCGGGUAUCAGCUACGUUGCGUGAACCUAAUGGGGUUAAAGUGGAGUAUACUCCAUGGCUAAUUGUUGGUUUGGGGAAUCCUGGGAACAAGUAUCAUGGAACUCGCCACAACGUUGGUUUUGAAAUGGUUGAUCGUAUCUCUCAAGAAGAAAGGAUUGUGAUGAACACCAUACAGUCAAAGGCUUUGAUCGGAAUAGGUUCUAUUGGGGAGGUACCCGUUCUGUUAGCAAAGCCUCAGGGGUAUAUGAAUUUCAGUGGAGAAUCGGUUGGGCCCCUUGCUGCAUAUUAUCAAGUACCAUUGCGACAUGUCCUACUGUUAUAUGAUGAGAUGAGCUUACCAAAUGGCGUUUUGAGGCUUCAACCCAAGGGAGGACAUGGGUAUCAUAAUGGAGUGAAGAGUGUGAUCGAACAUUUGGAUGGUUGCCGUGAAUUCCCAAGGUUCUGUAUAGGCAUUGGGAAUCCACCAGGUACCAUGGACAUGAAGGCCUUCCUUUUGCAGAAAUUCAGUGAUGUAGAACGAAAAGAGAUAGAUGCAGCCCUUGAACAAGGAGUAGAUGCAGUGAGGAGCUUGGUAUUGAACGGGUUUGACGAUAGGAUCACAAGGUUUAAUUUAGGGCAGAAGUAUAAAUAUCACAAAGUUUGAGCACAAACCCAUUACAUAUAUCGAUAAAUCCAAAGGGUGACCUGUGGUCAGCAAUCGAGCCGCGCUACUUGUAGGUACAAUUCUUGUUGAAUUUUGGUGAUUGUAUUAUACGAUUACUCAUGUAUGCCGUUAAAGUAAUCUUGUUUUUAGAUGCAUUCAUCAUUUUUAAA